UUCUCUGCUUAGGCUGCUGCCCCCGCGACCCGACUUCGGAUAAAGCGGAUGAGGAUGGAUGGAUGGAUGGAGAUCUCACAUCAUCUUACAAGAAGAGCAUGCCUGAGUGGAAUGCUUUUAUUGGCCAGUAGAGCCAGUGUGGUUAAGAUGUGGACUAUAGGAAAGCACUUCUCUCCUUCCAAGGCUACUACAAUCCAUGUUGGUUGCGAUUGAUUUUUGUUUGGAAAUUGGCCAGGUUAGCCCAGUUUUAUAAUUAAGGGUGCACGAUAAUAUUGGCGAACAUGCCGACAUUUUAUGUUUGGUUUGUGCAGUGCAGACUGCCUAGCUUUUAGUUGAUUUUAAAGGUUUUGGGGGGGUUUUUUUGUUUUAAUGUUGAGUUUAGGCUACAGUGUAUUCAGCAGAUAGGCUCCGUGCAUCCUUAAUGAUAAUUUUACAAUGGAAUUGUUUGAAGAAUGUUGUCAAAUGUCCAUGUUAAUAUAGCCCAGGACCUUUAAUUUAAAUGAUAAAAACACUUUGUAUUAAUAACAAAUGUUACAGGUUGAGCAGUUUUAGUAUGCCUAGCAGUGUGUUUGUCUGUGCUUUGAAUUGUGCCUGUGCAAUGCACAGAUUUUAGCAGUGUAUUAAGGGCCAGAUUGGGCAGAACAAAAAGUCACUGCAAAAUGGCUUCUUUAAUGCAGUCCUCUCUGUUUAUGAGGCUUUACCAAUAAAGUUGCUGCUCUGCAAAUCUAUAGUUUUCAUUUUUUUGUCUUAUAAGCAGUAGGUAAAUGUCUUGAAUCUAGAACAGUAUUACUGCUGUAUAGAAAGGUAAAUGCACUAGAAAUGGAGAAUUAUUACAAAAAUACUAGUAAAAAGCUAACUUAAAUAAAUUUUGUCUCAAAAUGCCAGUUUCUGAUCUUAUUUCAAGUAAGGUGUUGUACUUAAAUCUAGAACAGUGUCACAUUUUAGAACUCUUUAAGUUAUAUACACUUAAAACAAAGAGUGUGAUGUUGGAAGGUUUAAAAAAAGAAGCUACUUUUGAGGGGAAAAUGCUACUUUUGAGCGUCACAAACUUAUUAUGAGACAAACUUCACAACACUAGUAAAAUAUAGCUAUGAGUUUUUCUGGCUAAUUUCAAGAUCUUGUAAGGCCUAUUAAACUGUCUUAUUUCAAGAAAUCUUGUCAAGAGAAUUUUCACUUGUUCCAUUGGCAGAUUUUUUUCACUUAAUACAAGAUAUUUUAGCUUGAAAUAAGUUUUUUUUUCUUGUUUUUGGAGCUCCAUUUUUUCCAGUGUAGGGAGAUGCACUGAGGCCCACAGUCAAAAUAUUAUUUAUGAGACCAGCUUCUCCAUAUUAAACCUAUCAGAAAUGCUGUCAUUUGUGUGAUUCAGGGCCCCUGGGCUGAGAGUAUGAUGCACGAUGCCAUGGAAAGAGGUCACUGGGGUUUUUUCCAGAACUGUCAUCUGGCACCAAGCUGGAUGCCUACCCUGGUGAGACUUAUUGAAAACAUCAACCCACUAAAGGUGCACGAGAACUUCCGCCUGUGGCUCACAAGUCUUCCCAGCAAUAAGUUCCCGGUGUCUGUUCUGCAGAAAGGUUCCAAGAUGACCAUUGAACCUCCAAGAGGCAUCAAGGCCAACCUACAGAAAACCUACAUGAGCCUCACUAAUGAUUUUCUCUCCUCUUCCACCAAGCAGACUUUCAAGUCAAGUCUUUGCUCCUGUCUCUCUGCCUGUUCCAUGGAAUUGCUUUGUAGAGAUGAAAGUUUGGCCCUUUGGGCUUCAACAUUCCCUAUGAGUUCACUGAUGGCAACCUGAACAUCUGUAUCAGCCAGCUCAAAAUGUUCCUGGAUGAGUACCAGGACAUCCCAUACAAGGUUCUAAAAUACACUGCAGGGGAGAUUAAUUAUGGUGGCCAUGUGACAGAUGACUGGGACAGACGAUGUCUGCUCAGUGUGCUGGAGGACUUCUAUUGUCCUGCUGUCCUCAGUAGUGAUCACGUCUACUCUGCAUCUGGAGUCUACCAGCAAAUAGACACAAAACUGGAUAUCAAGGGCUAUUUGGCAUACAUUCGUGGUUUGCCCAUCAAUGACACACCUGAGAUCUUUGGUCUCCAUGACAACGCUAACAUCAGCUUUGCUCAGAAUGAGGCCUUUGCCUUGUUAGAAGCUGUGGUUCGUCUCCAGCCCCGAGCUACAUCUGCUGGGGGCAAAACUCUUGAGGAGAUAGUGAAGGAGAUAGUGGCAGGCAUCGUUGAAAAGAUCCCUCCUCCUUUUGACGUUGAAGAAGUGAUGGAAAAAUACCCGGUGCUCUACGAGGAGUCCAUGAACACUGUGCUCAUCCAGGAGGUCAUCAGAUAUAACAAGCUGCUGGAAGUCAUCUGUCUGAGUCUCAGAGAUACUGUGAAGGCUUUGAAAGGUUCAGUGGUGGUGUCAUCAGCGCUCGAGCUUAUGGCCCGCAGCUUAUUCAACAAUGCGGUUCCUGAUAUGUGGCAAGGCCUACCCGUCUCUGAAGCCUCUGGCCUCCUGGGUGUCAGACCUGCUUCAGAGGAUCAAUUUCCUACAGAGAUGGAUCUCUAACGGCAUUCCACCUGCGUUCUGGAUUAGCGGCUUCUUUUUCCCGCAGGCUUUUCUUACCGGAACCCUCCAGAAUUAUGCCCGUCGCUCCGGGACCUCAAUUGACACGAUUGGAUUUGACUUUGAGGUCAGACCGUAGGCUGCCUCACUAGCAGCAAUGUUUUAAGGAACAGUCUUACAGAUUUAGUGUCAUGGUCCGCGGCCUGGUGUCCGAGGAGCUGAUGGGAUGCCCACGCCCACGGGUGUGGCUGUCAACGCCACACCUGCAUCCCAUCCCAGGCGAUCAUCAGGUGGACUAUUUAAUCCAGCGGCUCCACACCAGUCCAUUAGUCGCCUCUCAGCGGUAACAGCUCGGCGUAUUUUGAGCCCUCUCCUGCCUGUCUUCCUGCCCGCCUGGAGUUUGGAUCACUACCGGUACUCAUCUCCUCUAUUUUCCUGGAGCGCCCCCACGGACCCUCACCCCUCCCUCCGGUUCCCACGGCCCCACCUUGACCCCUCCCGCAGUCCCGAUUACGGCAUUCCUGAGUUAUUUAUCUCCCGGUCCCUUGGUUUUCUAGUUACUCAGCGGGUUUUCCUUUGACCCUUCCGGGACACCCUUAGUUAAAAUAAAGUUUAUUUUGCGUGCACCUUGGCGUGUUGUCUCUGCUUCUGGGUCCAGCUUGUGUGCUGAACUACGGUUCUUGACAGUACGGACUGGCCAGGAUGGACCCAGCAGAUCCAAUACGCUCCGCAAUUAACAAACAGGGCGCUAUUCUCGGUCGUCACGAUCAGCUGCUCCAAUCACUCCAGGACCAAUACCAGGAGCUUAGUGACACUCAGGAUGAACUGCGGGGCAAGCAGCCCGACCCUGCGUACCGCAGCAUUUCAUCUCCGCCGCUGGAACCCUUCCAUGGGGAACUAGACCUGUGUGGGGGGUUCCUUUUCCAAUGCUCUCUAUUUUUCAGGCGCACGCCUUCCCCACGGAUGCUGCUAAAAUUUCCCACUUUGUGGGGCUGUUACGGGGACGAGCUUUAGCAUGGGCUGAGGCUUAUUAAACCUCUCACCCCAUUCAUCGUUGCGAUUAUGAUGAUUUUCUGGAGGAGUUCAAGGCGACAUUCUCUCCUCCAGUCUCGGAGGACGACGCCGCACAGAAAUUGCUGGCGCUCCGUCAGGGGUGGCGCAGUGUAGCCGAGUAUAUAGUUGAAUUUCGAACCAGGGCGGUUGCCGUGGGUUGGCCCGAUUCGGCCCUCCGUGGGAUUUUUUUUUUUUUUUUACGCUCGCUGAACGAUCAGAUGAGAGACCAGCUAGCGUUCCACGAGGAAACAAAAUCCUUCGAAGAACUGGCUUCCCUCGCCCGCAGGAUUGAUAGACGCCUGCGGGAGAGGGAUGCCGAGCGGCGGCUUAAGCCAUUAAGAUCUGUAUUGCGCCCCGAGUUUCGCGUUUCGUCGUCCCUACUCGCGGCUGCGUGCGUGCGUUCUCCAUCGCCUCCCCCGCCCGAACCCAUGCAAAUCGGUCGCUCCCGGCUCUCACUGGAAGAAAGGGAACGCCGUUUUCGGGCUGGGGACUGCCUGUACUGUGGGAAGCCUGGUCAUCGCAUCGCUGCUUGCCCGGUUCGCCCAAACGAACCGGCCCACCGGCCUACGCGUCUCUGAAGCCUCUGGCCUCCUGGGUGUCAGACCUGCUUCAGAGGAUCAAUUUCCUACAGAGAUGGAUCUCUAACGGCAUUCCACCUGCGUUCUGGAUUAGCGGCUUCUUUUUCCCGCAGGCU